AUGGCCAAGGGAACAUUAAAGCAGCAGUUGAAGAGUCAUCAGUCAAAGGCUAAAUCAGAAACUGAUCUAAAGACCACAACAUCUUCUAAGAAACAAAAGUCUUCGUCAUCUGUAUCUCCCACCUCAGUUAAAUCUGCAGAGAAGUCCAAAAAGACGCCCGUGGUUGUGCCAACAAUAACUAAACCCAUAUUGAAGUCAACCGAAGUUGAUGAUGUUAGCAAGGAGGAAGAAUAUGCUAGUAAUGCAUUGUCAAAGAAAGAACAGAGAAAGUUAAAAAAGUUGCAAGCACUUGCAGAUAAGAACCAAGAAGAGGAGGUAGAUGAAGAAGAUGAAGAGGAUGGUGAGGAUGAUGAGGAGGAUUUGGAUCUUGCUAAACUUGCAGAAAGUGAAAGUGAAAGUGAUCUCGAUGAUGAUGAGGAUGAGGAGGACGACGACGACGACGAAGAUGAUGAGGAGGAGGAAGAGGAAAUUGAAAAUGAAGAGGAAGACGAAGAGGAUGUACCAUUAUCCGAAGUUGAAUAUGACUCUGAUGCUGAUAUUAUACCACAUACCAAGCUCACAAUAAACAACAUGGCCGCUCUUAGAGAGUCGCUAGCCCGUAUUCAAUUACCGUGGUCUAAACAUUCUUUCAUAGAACACCAAUCAGUCCUUAGUGCUGAGCCUGCCGAGACAAAGAUCAAGGACAUUUAUGAUGAUACUGAAAGAGAACUUGCAUUCUAUAAGCAAGCAUUGGACGCGGCAAAACAAGCCAGAGCUACAUUGCUUAAAUUGAAAGUACCCUUUUCACGUCCUGUUGAUUAUUUUGCUGAGAUGGUGAAGAGCGAUGAACAUAUGGAUAAAUUGAAGACCAAGUUACUCCGCGAGGCUGCAGACAGAAAAGCUUCAGAGGAAAGUAAGAAACAGAGACAAUUAAAGAAGUUUGGUAAACAAGUUCAACAUGAAACGUUACAAAAGAGAGCAAAGGAAAAGAAAGAAACUUUGGAAAAAAUCAAGAGCUUAAAGAAAAAGAGAGGCGCUAAUGAAAUAAGCAAUGACGAUGAUUUCCAAAUUGCAUUGGAAGAAGCAACAAAGGAUGAAUAUUCCCGUAGCGGUGGAAACGACAACAAGAGACUGAAACCCAACGGUAAGCGUUUAGCAAAGGAUGCCAAGUAUGGACGUGGUGGUAAAAAAAGCGGAAGCAGAAAGAAUGAUGCAGCUUCUUCGGCCGAUAUUAGUGGAUUUUCCAGCAAGAAAAUGAAGGGCAAAUCAUCGAGACCAGGCAAGAGCAAGCGCUCAAGAAGGUAA